AGAGAGCAAUCAGCCGACACUUUUCUACGCAAACUAUCCAAAAUCCCAAGUCAACGAUCUACAAUACUACAGAACGGUGGUGAUUUUUCAUUCACCUGGGGCUCUCAUUAGUUUCAUCGUGUCAGCUGAAAAAACGAACUAGAAUUUGUCAUUACUUUUUUGAAUUCCGUUGAGUUAAAUACGUUAGUAGGUACUGCCGAGCGGAUAAGAUCAUGUCGUUGGUGCACUCUGGUGAAAAUUUGGAUCCUGAGGGCCCUGGAAGCAGCAAGGUGUUUUUUACGACAGAUAAAAAGGCGUACACAGAGGACAACGUAUUGAUUUACAAUAUUAUCGUAUACAACAUUCCAAGAUGGUUGAAAGAUGACCACAUAUUUCGUUAUUUUCGAAAGUUUGGCCUGAUUUCGGAAUUACGACUAGUGGAUGAGAAAGAGAGAUGUUGUCGUUUUUCGCCGACCGUAGGAUUUGUGAACUUUGUGGAACCAGAAAGUGCUUACAGAGUACUGCAGAAAUGUAUACAUUGUAUACGACAUUCAUUUAUUGAGGUUAAAGCUGACAAUAGUUGGAAUCAGCCUGAUGCCGAAAAAGCAUAUAGCCAAAAGAAACGUGGAGCCCAACAAAGGAAAGCUGAAACUUUGAACGUUGAUACGAACUUUACUGUCCUGAAUGUGCUAUCGCUAAAUGAUUAUUGCUUAGAGAUUAUUUGUGGUCUAUUAGGGCUACGAGAUCGAAUACGUUUUGCACGAGUAUGCAAUCGUUUUGAAGAAGUAUUCAAAAUGUUAUCCAGGCGCGCAUAUAAAAGGUUCGAAUUUCAUAAACUCUUAGGAAUGGCAUUAUGGGAGAUACGCGACUUCUUCCGUUUCGCCGGCAAGAAUAUUGAACGAGUGUCGGGCGCUGUACCACUUAAAAAUCGUCAACACAUCAUACCACUUAUUAUAACGUGCUGCGUCAACUUAAAACGAAUCACAUUAUAUGAUUGUAAAAUAAAGCGCAAUUGUCUGAAGAAAUUCUUUCGUAAUUUCCAUCUAUUACGGGAGUUACAUUUUCAUAGAUGCGAUUUACAUGACCUCUCAAUACAAUCUCUGCAAUACUUGACUCAAUUAGAGAGCCUGACACUCUCCGAUAACUGGAAGAUAACAGGCAAAUUUAUGAAAUCGUUGGUGCAGCUGAAGGUUCUAAAUUUAUAUAAUUGUAGUAAUAUUAAAACUUCCAAUUUGAUUAAAAUAUGCCGUUCCAUGCCAAACUUAAAAUCGCUUGACAUACGUCACUGUGAACGGCUAUCGCCAAUCUUUUUCAACAGCAUGGCAGAACAUUGUCCGCAACUCGAAAUAUUGAAAAUAUCUUGCCCAUAUGAGCAUGUAUCAUUAUUACCUCGACUGAAACACCUAGAAUUGAUACUCGACACAUCUCUUUCGGGAUCACAUACACAGAUUUUUUUCAAAUUGGUCGAAAAUAAGUCGCAGCAAUUAGAAACCUUAAAAAUCUAUGGCACAAAUUCAAUCAAUCCGCAAGAAAUCAGUUUCAUAUCAAAAUUGAAAAAUCUGAAAUCAUUAUAUUGCGCAAAUAAUCAAGCAAUCGACACUAACGCGCUUCGAAAACUUUGCCAAUUAGAGCAACUUGAAGAGCUGGUUAUUAGAAACAGUGGCAAUAUAACAAAUGAAGCUCUGAUAAAACUGUUGCGAAGUUGCAAGCAUCUGCGUCACUUAAAAAUAGAAUUUUGCGAACAAAUUACUUGUGAAUUCGUCUUAGAAGCCAUAAAUAUAUUAAAAGACCGUAAAGACGGAUCUCAACUUCCGUUCGUUCUUUUUGUAUACGGAACAUCUAUAGAUAAAUAUGGAAUGUCAGAGUGUCAGAAAUACAUGGAGGCUGAGAAAGAGUCACUUAUCAAAAUAGUGUUCGAAGCAUUAAUUGAUGAUAUGGAAAUUCCUGAAGACGAAACUUGUAACAGCUGGCUGUUGGAAGAACCUGGUACGAUUGGUUUCCAAUGAAAUCUGUGUCUGCAUCUAAUCGUAUGACAUAGUAGCUUAA